AUGCCAUGGUCGGUGGAGAGAAGCGAGCUGCGAGCACGUGGCUCACAGAAACUUACCUCUCUCAACGACAACAUGCUCGGAGCGUUACUACUCGCUCUUGCGACUAUCGCGGUCUUCCAUGCGGCGUUUUCCACAUAUGAACACCUCUCUCACUUGAAAGCUGUUGGCCGACCGGAGGGUUCUUUGCCAUUCGAUAUAAUACUGGAAGCGUUGUUUGCUCUUGUCGUGGGCACAGUUGGCGCAUCACUAAACGCACCGCAACUGAAGGAGAUAUCAUGGGCAGCAGAGAUGCAGAAACGCUCAAUAGAUGAUAUGGACUCGCGAUUGUCCUUUGCGAGUUAUGUUAAUCGUGGCAAAAACGUAUUCGCAGUGGCUAAAUGA